UAUCAAAAUUAUAAACGAACUGUAGUUACAUAAAGCGUUAGAGAUUGUUAUGCAUGCGAGUCCUUCGAUGGAUGAACAAGAGCAACUAAAGUUUUCUUAAUGAAUCGCAUUUCAACAACUUAUUAAAUGAGUUCAACGCAGUUCAAUUACUCACUUCAAUCUUGCUACAUUGAUAUCGUUAUACUUUAAGUUAUUGUUUUCGUGCUUUAAAAAUAUGUUGCUCUUCAUAGUCAUUGUUCUUUUAUAUUCUGCAUACAAAUGGCUAACUAAAAAUGACGAUUUCUUCUUGAAGAAAGGAAUUCCUUACGAGAAGCCACUACCAAUUGUCGGAAAUUUAUUGGGACUUGUGUUGCAGAGAGAAUCAUUCGUUGAUGCCGUACAGAGGACCUAUGUUAAAUACAAGAAGUCUAAAAUAUUUGGAUUUUUCAGCUUUACGCAAGCUGGAUACAUGUUAAGCGAUCCGGAAUUGAUCAAAAGUGUUCUGAUUAGGGACUUCGACCACUUUGUUAACCAUGAUCAAUGUUUCGACUAUAUAGACAAGAUGUUUUGCAAGACUUUAUUCUCACUGCACAAUCAACAGUGGCGAGAGAUGAGAAUGAUCUUGUCUCCAAUAUUCACAAGUGCAAAGAUGAAAAUGAUGUUUGAUUUAUUGUCUCAUCAUGUAGCUGAUUUUUUAAUACAAUUUAAACGAAAGGUGGUGGCUGACGUGGAUGUGUACGACUUAUUCUCAAGAUAUACAGCAGACGUAACAUCCACUGCCGUUCUUGGCUUCGAAGGUGACUGUGUAAAGAACGACAACAGCGAGAUUUAUAAAAUUGUUAAAUCAAUGAAGGAAGUUUUUAAUACCUUCAGCAGUUUGCUGAAAUUUCUUCUAUUGUCAUUUUCCAAAAAGCUAUAUGCAGCUUCAGGUUUUCAACUAGUCAACAAAAAUGUACUAGAUUUCCUUAGAAUCGUUACGAUCGACGCUAUGCGCGAUAGAGAAAAAAAUGAUAUUUCAAGGCCGGACAUCAUCCAGCUGCUAUUAGAAGUCAGAAAGGCAAAAGGUCAUCUGAGUAGCCAGGACGAAGAAAUCAACGAUGAUGAAUUGCAAAACUUCAGCGCACACAAAGAAUUCAAUGUUACCACCAGCAAGAGUACCACAUCAUUAGAUAUGAACGAUGACGAUCUAUGGGUUGCUCAGACAUUCAUCUUCUUUCUCGCUGGUUUCCAUACAACGACUCAUCUUUUGCAAACGCUCACUUACGAACUGGCAAAAAAUCAAGACGUACAACAAGAACUGUACGAGGAAAUUCAGGAAGUAUUGACUUCAGUGGAUGGCAAACCGGUGACAUAUGAAACGCUACACAAAAUGAAGUACAUUGACUGCGUGAUAUCUGAAGGACUACGCGCCUAUCCUCCCGCGGUGCAAAUCGAUCGUUUUUGUAACAAGCCUAUUAACAUUGCUUUAGACAAUGGGAAAUCAAUUCAUAUAACAAAGGGACAAGCAGUUGCAGUGCCGGUGUAUAACGUUCAUCAUGAUCCAGAUUAUUUUCCCAGUCCCGAAAAGUUCGAUCCAACGCGCUUCAACGAUGAGAACAAAUCAUCAAUAGUUGUCGGUAGUUACAUUCCAUUUGGUUUGGGCCCAAGAGCAUGUCUGGGCAGUCGUUUUGCGCUCAUGGAAUCGAAGCUGUUGAUAUUUAAUCUUCUGGCUAAUUAUAAAAUCGAAACGACCAAGAACACUCCCAAGACACUUACAUUCAAGUCGGACUUAUCCUCAUCGGUGAAGGAAAAGAUUUAUUUAAAAUUUGUUGCCAGAAAUUGAUUGCCUGCCCGAAG